AUGCCUGGAAUGAAGAGAACCAUGAGCAAUGACCGUGUGCUACCUUACUACACAGCACACAGCUACCGCUCCAUGGGCGUGUUCAACACCUCCAUGGGAACCCUACAACGGCAACUGCACAAGGGAGGAGAGUAUGAUAUUUUCAAGUACGCACCGAUGUUCGAGAGUGACUUUAUCCAGAUUAGCAAGAAAGGAGAGGUGACUGACGUUCAUAACCGCGUCCGAAUGGUGACCGUGUGCAUCGCAUCCACCAGCCCCGUCCUCCCACUACCUGAUGUCCUGCUGCUGGCCCGACCCACUAAAAUCGGCGAAGACCAUGCCAGACGGGCCUGGUUGAUCAAGGGGAGGGGUCUUCUCAAGCCUUCGAAGACUCUAGAGCUCACCAGGUUGCUUCCCUUGAAGUUUGUCAAGAUCUCCGUCCACGAUCGGGAGAAACAGCAGCUGCGCCUGAAGCUUGCCACAGGCCGAACUUUUUACCUGCAACUGUGUCCCUCCUCUGAUGCACGAGAAGACCUCUUUUGCUACUGGGAAAAGCUUGUCUAUCUCCUGAGGCCACCAAUGGAGAGCUGCAGCAGUAGCCCAACACUUGACACGGGAGAUGCAAAAAUCUCAGAGGACAGCAAAAGCCUUCUUGCCUCCCAGGACCAAGGAGAAGGGGAUCAGGAGUCUGGACAUCAAAAGCUUCGGGAUGUGUCAGGAGCUACCUCAGCUGCAUUUGCAGGGGGAGAGGGAACAAAACAGGGUACUUCAGUUUUUGCAGCCACCAGAACUCCAGGGUCUGCCAAAGUGGGAGCAGCAGGGGCAGCAGGUGGCACGGCAGUUGCAGCAGUAACAACAGGCUCUCUGGCAGGGGCAGCAGGUACGGCAGCCACCGCAGGUGUGGCAAAACCAGGGACAGCUACAAGCUCUGCCUCGGGUGCUGUAAGUAUGGCUGCAACCAAGUCUCCAGGCUCAGCCCGAGUGGCCACAGCCCUGGCAGGAACAGCCACCAAAAAUCAAGGAAGAGGUGGAUCCAACAAGGUCAUAGCCGCUGCUGCAAACAUAUCCUGUGAAGGGGUUGAUGUGGUCUUGGCAGGAGCUGCUAGCACCUCCUCAGAGGUCUCUUCUGGAGGGGGUGUUGUCACCACCAGCCAAGAGAGCACCGUGAGUGUGGUCUUUGCAGGCACCAUGACGACCGAGGGGCCUGCAGCUGAAAAAGAGGAUCCUCUGGUCAUGGCCCCUCUGGUGUCAACCUUGCAGAGCGAAGGCUACAUGUGUGAAAGGGAUGGAAGCCAGAGAGUUUCCCAAACCACCCCUGAACUCCAGAAGGAGAAAAGGGAAAGAAGAGAAAAGGACAGAAACGCCAGCAGGAAAAGUUCCCACCACCGCACGGCAGGUGCGAAUCAGCACAGCACGAGCAGGGAUAAGAACCGGAAAUCCUCCUCCCACCGGUCUGUAUCUGGCCAUGGAAAAGCAAGGGAGGAUAAAAAAGGAAAAGGGCAAAGCAGCUUAAGGGGCAAGAGGCAUGGCUCGGCUCACAAAAGUCAGUCCAGGACGGCUCACAAACCCAGGAAGAGUCGAUCAGGAGCUAGCUCAGAGUCUAUGGGUAAACAUUCCAGUAAAAUUGGCUCUUUUUUAAGGAGCUUCUUAAUAAGGCCUACUUCAAAAGCUUGGGUCACCUCACGUGAUAGAAAAGGGUUAGACAUUGUUGCGAAGAAGGUGGAGAAGCACAACAUGGAGACGAAGGUGGAGAAAGGCAAGGACUUAGAGAUCAUGAGCACAGUAACCUCGGAGACAACAGAGAGGAUCAUCUAUGAAGCCAAAUCCUUUGACUAA